AACCAGACGAUCUUUGUUUGGGCCCCCGUGUAAUUAGCAAAAAACCAGCAAAAAUAUUCCCCCCGAAAAUCGCCGUCCGGCUCGAAAUAUAAACACAAUCGCGUCGAAAGUGAAACCAAAUAUCGCGUUAACGGCCCGAAAAUCUAUCGAGAAAACGAAAAGAACCAGAGAAACGAUACCAAAAAGUCGAAACCAUCAAAGCGAUAAAUCAUAUCACUGCGAGUAGCGGUCCCGACGACAUUGCGUUCGAGCUUCCAAGUCGACCGGUGGACUUUUACCAGUAAUAUGCAGGAAGAUAACGAUUUCGUGAUAGAGGGACCGGCGCCCGUGGAGCCUCUCGUCGAGGAGACCGCCGGACAGAUUUUCUGGAAGGUCUUAAUGGAUAAUGAUCCCCAGCACAAUAUCAUGAUAAACGCCGAAACCGGCGCCGUGCUCACCACCAAAACCCUCCUCGAAGAAUCCUGCAAACUGGCCCAAGCCCUCCGCAUACACGGCUGCGCCCCGCAAACGACCCUCUGCAUCGGCAGCGAGAACAACCUCGAGUACUUCAUCCCCGUGUUCGCCUCCAUGUUCGCCGGCACGAUCACGGCGCCGCUGAGCGUCAACUACACCGACCAGGAGAUCAAGCACAUCCUGAACGUCACCAAGCCGAGGGUGGCCUUCUGCUCGAAGAAAGUGGCCGGCAGAUACGUGAAGCUGAAGAGCGAAAUGAAAUUCCUCGAAACUGUAAUAGUGACGAACGGCGACGAGGAAGUGGUCGAAGGUGCCGUGAACAUGAAGGAGUUCGUGGAGAAGCAGCUGAAUGGUAAGGUGGUGUCGCCUUAUAAAUUCCUACCGUUCGAUGGCGAUUCGAAGAAGAAUGUACAGUUGAUUUUAUGUUCUUCCGGCACCACCGGAUUGCCCAAAGGUGUUAUGCUUACCCACAGGAAUAUCGUCACCAGGUUGUUGCAAUCGAGGCAUCCUGAAUAUCUCUCGGAUCUCAACGUUGUGUUAGGUUUGAUGCCAUUCUUCCAUUCUUACGGGAUGAUCUUCGGCUUGACGUCCAUCUUUAACCGACACGUGACGGUGAUGAUGGACAAAUUCGAUGGGGAUUUCUUCCUGAAGACCAUCCAAGAUUACAAGAUACCCUUAAUAAGGAUAGCGCCACCUCUAGCCAUAUACCUGCUCAAGAACCCCAAAGUAUCCUUGUACGAUUUAUCCUGCGUGCAGGAGGUUUUCUGCGCGGCGGCUCCGUUGAACGGAAAAACCGAAGCCAAGCUAAAAGAAAGGUUAAACUUAAAGUCGAUUUACCAAGCCUACGGUUGCACUGAAGGUACUCUAGCAUUGACUAUAACGAACAAGGACGUGUUCAGACCAGGAUCCUGCGGUAGAGUCAUAACGUAUAUGCAAUGCAUAGUCAGAGACCCAGAUACAGGACGUUCCCUAGGUCCUUACGAAGUCGGCGAGCUCUGUUUCAAAGGACCUACGAUUAUGAAAGGCUACUACAACAACCCCAAAGCCACCGCGGAAUCCUUCACCCCCGACGGUUGGUUAAGAACCGGCGAUUUGGGGUACUACGACAACGAGCAGUACUUCUACGUGGUGGACAGGCUGAAGGAGUUGAUCAAAUACAAAGGGUACCAAGUGGCACCGGCCGAACUCGAGGCCGUCCUGAUCAAUCACCCCAAAGUCCUGGAAGCCGGCGUCGUGGGAUUGCCCGACGAAUUCGCCGGGGAACUACCGAUGGCUUUCGUGGUGUUGAAGGAUAACCAGCAGAUCGGCGAGGAGGAGUUGAAGAAAUAUGUGGCGAGUAACGUGUCGCCGCAGAAGAGGCUCAGAGGCGGCGUGGUGUUCGUGUCCUCGAUUCCGAAGAACCCCAGCGGCAAGAUACUCAGGAAAGAACUGAAGAAGAAACUGGGCGAAUACAGGAAAUCGAUACCGUCGAAGUUAUAAUAAGAUAAAUAAUUUAUUAUUUAAUUUGGUUGUUGCG